UUAGCCUCCUCCUUGCCAUCAUGGGGAUUCAGCCGCUUCAUUUUCUUCUCCUCCUCCUAAAUUAAGGGAUUUCCCUAUGCUUUAAUCAUAACUAUUCUAUUUAUCUAUCUGGGUCCUGUUGGUUUCUCUCUAUUUAUAUUGGGCUGUACUAAUUGCAAGAAUUAAAUUAGAUCAGGGUCAAAUUUGAAUUUGGCUUGUAUCUCUUCAAGAUAUUAUGAGGCUUAUUUUUUCUCUCUUGUAUAAGCUGAUUGCUUGUACAACUCUCUCCGAUGAAUAUAUAAUGCAUUCAAAGCAAUACAAAAUUUAUUGUUUAGAGUCUCUGUUUCUUCUUCUAACGCUAAUAACGCACACUCUGCUUGAUUUACCGUGUUUAUACCCCAUUCUGAUGACUGCACAGAAGUUUGAAAACCAGUUCAACGAUUCUCCAUGUCUUGAUGACAACUUGCAGAUACCGAAUGUUUUCUGUAAUACACUACUAAGUUAAGGCUUUCCGGUGAAAAUGCAGAUGGGGCGGGUCAAGUUGAAGAUAAAGAGGUUGGAGAGUAGUUCUAGCCGUCUUACAACCUAUUCGAAACGGAAGAAUGGGCUGAUCAAGAAGGCCAGUGAAUUGUCAGUGUUGUGUGAUGUUGAUGUUAUCCUUAUCAUGUUCUCGCCAUCAGGCAAGCCUGUGCUUUGGAAGGGAAAGAACAGUAGCAUUGAAGGAAUUCUUGAAAGGUUUGCUCAGUUAACACCACAUGAAAGAGCAAAAAGGAAGUUAGAGAGCUUUGACGCCUUGAAAAGAUCCUACAGCAAAUCGGAUCAUACAGUUACAGUAGAAGAUUUCUUUGGUCCAAGUUAUCAAACAAUUGGGGAUUUGACUGUUCAAGCAAAUAUGUUGCGAACUCAAGUUUCUGUAAUCCAGAAGAGGCUCAGUGAUUGGAAUAACCUCGAGAAGACCGACAGUUUAGAGCUUUUGAAGCAAAUGGAAGAUUAUAUCAGGGGAUUGGUUGGUCAAAUUCAAACACAGAAGGAAAAUAUUGGAAAGCAAAAGUCCUUGGCAUUAGGGAACAUUUGUAAUCAGUACCAAAAUGGGAUGCACCUAUCCUCGAGUUUGGGUCUGGAGCAACAGGUCCAACAUUUUUCAUGGAUCCAGAAUGAUGAUAGUCAACACAUGAUCUCACAGAUCAAACCAAGUGUGUGGGAAACAGAACUGUCUGGAGGUAACUCCUUUGGGAACUCUUCUGGUUACAUUGGCACGGUUGAAAAGGCAGAUAUCUCUAGCAGUGGCAUCCUGUGUGACUUGCUCAGAACUGAAUCUUCGAAGAAUGAGUCAAUUGGCUCAAAAACUCAAACUUUCAGGAAUGAGGUAAAAACAGAAUCCUUGAGGAAUGAGAUGAUGAAAACCGAGUUUUUGAUAAAUGAGUUGAUAAGAAGUGAAUGUGUGAGGAAUGAGUUAACACGGGCUGAGUCUUCGAGGCUACAACUGUAUGCGCAAUGUACUUACCCACACCCACAGAAUAUCUUCCCUGACAGCAAAUUCCAACCAGCACAGGAUACCAACCUGCCACAAAGUAAUCACAACUAUUGUACUGAAGGUAAAUCCGAACCUCCUAAUUUUGGGUACAAUUCAACCAGCCUUUGCGACUGGGCAUCUUCAUCUGGACCUUCUGUCACUGCAUUUUUUGACCAGCGUCUCUACCUACAGGCAAGUGUCUUCCAUUUGUUUUUGAUUUAUCUUCAUGCACCUGAUAUACUUGCUCCAGGAUCACCCCUGUAUAAUGUAGUUAAAACAUUUUGAUAGGUUUAUGAAGAAUUACAUUAGGCUAAGGAUGACACGGGACAAAGUUAAUUCUGUGAAUUAUAAUAUGUGUAUAUAUGUUAGUCUAUGCUUAUUUGGUUGUGCUUCUGAUCAGGAAACCCUUUUACUAAGGGUCCAGUUCAUUUUAUUUAUAUUUUAAAUUUUUUAUUUCGUUUUCUCUUUAAAAAAAAAAAGAAAAGAAAAGAGAGGAAAAUAUCAUUUUGUGUGUUCCCUUCUAUUGAUUUAAGUUCUAGGGACUAAUCAGGCACAACCCUUUCAUUAAUCCAUUCUCUAGUGACUGACCAUGACCAUAUCCAUUUUUGUGGAGGAUUGGUAUUUUUGUCAAUAUAAAAGAAUUUGGGUAAAUGGCACCCCUAUAGUUUAAUGAAAAUAUAAGCAACACCUAUGUUUAAUGAAAAUAUAGCCGUUAGUUAACUGCUAUAAGUCUAAAAAUGCCCCCCCCCCCCCCCCCCCCCCCCCCUCUCUGGUUUAGGAAUGGCCUAACUAGAUGGGGGGUUUGUGGGGGAUUGAGAUAAGAUAGUCGAUUUACUCAACUUUUAAAGGGCACAUAAAGUCCUUGUUAUUUCUGAAAAUAAAUGCACAAUGUCUAUUUUCUAUUUUUUAACAAUAAAUGACAGCGAACACAAAGUAAAUAAAAAUGAAUACAUAAAAACUGAAGACAAGAAUGAGACUACUGGUCCUAAAACCUGAGCUUGCCGAAUUGAUUUGGGAGAUAUUGUUCUCCAAUGCUAAAGGUCCCCCCCCCCCCCCCCCCCCCCCCCACGAAGCUAGCUAUCAGCAUAUGGAUACAUUUCUAUGAUUUGUCUCAACAGACUUGACAUAAUGGUUUCCCUUGUGGUGGUAUCUAUUGGGCAAUUAAUUUGCUUAUUUGCCUGUUUCCUCUCAGUAACAUUAUCGACCGGAUCGUCGUCUUGUAGCUGACAAGCUCAGUCCCUGACAUGCCAAGUCGAAGCUGCUCGUCUACCCCUAUCGUCAAAUCUUGUCGACGGUUUCUCAGCGAUGGCAGGAGGUUGGUUGUCUUUGAGACUUGUAGAGCCGACACAAGAACUGCUAUCCUAAGUCGAUUGUGCUGGCGGAAUGGUGCUGAUCCACCAGGUGAGGGAGGCACCACCAUUUCUGUGAGGCAGCGGCAUCUCUGUGUACAACAUUUUGAGUAAUCACUCUCUUUUUGGUCUUCUGUUGUUUAUAGCUUAGCUUUUACAUUCCAUUCCAGACAAUUUUGCCAGUGUUUUUUUUUGUCUUCUUUUAUCUGUCUUGUGUUCAGUUCAAAGUUAAACACAGGAAAGAUUUACUUGCUUCAAACAA